AUGUCUUGUCGCCUAUCUACAGGGUUGUCCGAAAGUCUUAUGACCUAUCUUACAGGGUUGUCCGAAUGUAUUGUCACCCAUCUACAGUGUGGUCCGAAUGUCUUGUCGCCUAUCUACAGGGUUGUCCGAAUGUAUUGUCACCUAUCUUACAGGGUUGUCCGAAUGUAUUGUCACCUAUCUACAGGGUUGUCCGAAUGUGUUGUCACAUAUCUUACAGGGUUGUCCGAAUAUAUUGUCACCUAUCUACAGGGUUGUCCGAAUGUAUUGUCACCUAUCUUACAGGGUUGUCCGAAUGUAUUGUCACCUAUCUACAGGGUGGUCAGAAUGUCUUGUCACAUAUCUACAGAGGUGACCGAAUAUAUUCCUUCCUAUCUUACAGGGUGGUCCGAAUGUCUUGUCGCCUAUCUACAGAGUCGGCCGAAAGUCUUAUCACCUAUCUACAGGGUUGUCCGAAUGUAUUGUCACCCAUCUACAGGGUUGUCUGAAAGUCUUAUCGCCUAUCUACAGGGUUGUCCGAAUGUCUUGUCGCCUAUCUACAGGGUUGUCCGAAUGUAUUGUCACCCAUCUACAGGGUUGUCUGAAAGUCUUAUCGCCUAUCUACAGGGUUGUCCGAAUGUAUUGUCACCUAUCUUACAGGGUUGUCCGAAUGGUUGUCCGAAUUUCUUGUCACCUAUCUUACAGGCUUGUCCGAAUGCAUUGUCACCUAUCUACAGGGUGGUCCGAAUGUCUUGUCGCCUAUCUACAGGGUUGUCCGAAAAUCUUAUCACCUAUCUACAGGGUUGUUCGAAUGUAUUGUCACCUAUCUUACAGGGUUGUCCGAAUGUAUUGUCACCUAUCUACAGGGUUGUCCGAAUGUGUUGUCACAUAUCUUACAGGGUUGUCCGAAUGUAUUGCCACCUAUCUUACAGGGUUGUCCAAAUGUAUUGUCACCUAUCUACAGGGUGUUUUCGUUCAUUUUUCAUUCAUAGCAAAUUUAUAAUAUUUUCUCUUUUUUCCUUUACUUAUUUACUUCAUUCUCUUUUUAUUUCAUUUCUUUUUUAUUCUAAUAUUUUUCUCUCCUAUUCUUUAUUUUCUUUCUUCGUUCUUUCUUUUACUUUUAUUUUUUCCUUCUUAUUUCAUUAUAUUAAUUUUUCUGUCUUCCUUUAUUUUGUAGAUAUUUUUUUCUUUUUUUUCUUUUUUCUCUUUUUUGUGAUUUCAUUCUUUCUUUUUCUUUCCUUCUUUCUUUCUUUUUCUUUUGAUUUUCUUUCGAUUUUCUUUCUUUCUUUUUCUUUUCCUUCUUUCUUUCUUUUUUCUCUUUUUAUUCUUUCAUUACUUCUUUCUUUCUUCAUUUGUUUUUCUUUCAUUUUUUCUUUCCUUCUUGCAUUCUCUUUCUUUCAUUUUUCUUUCUUUCUUUUUCUUUCCUUCUUUCUUUAG